UUUGUUUUCAACUUUUCAACUUUUUAUCUCGAAAAUCUAUAUCGAAUUAGAAAGCAGUAUUGAAAUACUACUUUAGCUUCAACUUCAUUAAAUUGUUGGUCUAUUGCUUGCCCAAAAGGUUGAACAAGAAUGACUUCUCUACAUAAUCAGGUUGCUGACCCCACGACAUAUUAUCAGGAUCAGUUUUAUAAUCCUCAUAUGUCUAACCAACCUCAACAAAUGAUUCCUGCAAAUUCGGGUUCACCAAUAUCAGAAGCGGCAGGGACUCCAUUUUAUCAAAGUGAUCCUCAUUCUUCGGUUAGUACUGGGAACUAUGAAGCCAGUGCUUCGCCAAAUGAUGAUCAAUUCUUUGAAGAACAUCAACAACCGCAACAACAAUCGGUUCAAGAGGAUGCCCCAGUGGAACAACCAUUUUAUGUGAAUGCCAAACAAUACCAUAGAAUCUUGAAAAGACGUAUAGCCCGGGCUAAAUUGGAGGAAAAUUUGAAAAUUGCUAGAACUAGAAAACCGUAUCUUCACGAAUCCAGACAUAAACAUGCCAUGAGAAGACCAAGAGGUCAAGGAGGCCGUUUCUUAACUGCAGCUGAGAUUGCCGAAAAGGAAAGAUUGGAAAAAAUGAAAGAAUUGGAAGAUAAACAGAAGGAAGGUGGUUCGAAAGAAUCGAAUGCCUCUCAAAAUCCGCCAGUCAAUAAACCUAAUGAUGCUAAUCCAGUUCAAAUUGGUAGUAAUAAUGAAACUGACUCUAUAUUUGAAAAUUUGAUCAAUGAAAAUGGAGCCACAGCUUGAUUUUUUGUCGAAACUUUUUCUUGCUUAUGUCUAACGUCUUGAAUGUUCUAUUCACUUUUAUUUGUUAUUUGGUUUUGGGUUUAAACUUUUUUUU